ACAACAAAUAUAGCAGGUAUUGAAAAUAACUACAAAUUUUCAACACAUCUUUAAUGUAUUAUGACCCAAACCAGACUCGAUGAUGCUAAGCUUCGAGCUUUAGGGUUUGCAGAGGCAAGGGAAAAAGAAAGAUAUAUUGGACCACAAUCAAGGUUUCAAGCUCCAGAAGAGGAGACAUGUUUGAAUAAAAAUCUGGAGGUCCAAUCAAGUAAUUUGCUCAACUUAGUUGCUGAAGAGAUACAAGGUGAGUUACCUAGUGCAACAAUGAAAAAUCAAGAAGAAGAGGUAAACACCUUACCCUUAGAGAUUGAAGGACAACUUGGAGAAGUAGAAAUUAUGCCUGCAAAAACUAAACAAGAGGAUGUCCCUAUGGAGGAAGAGGAAAAAGCUCAGGUGUCAUUUGAAGUGUUCAAUGGGGAGUCUUCUUUAACCAAAUCUGAUUUUAAUGAUUAUUUUGUUAUUGAUAUGGUUGAUGAGAUUUUGCAGAAAAACACUUAUGAGUAUUCAUUUGAGAUUUACCUUAUUCAAGCAAAAGACUCAAUCAAAGAAUACAUAAAUUGCUUGAACACAUCAUCUUCCUUGGAAUCAAAGGGGGCACUCCUAGAAGAAUUGGGAAGGCACAUUUGCUGGCCUAAACCCAAACCACCUCAAAAUAAUCAUUGGAGAAAAUCUUAUGGUGGAUUCAACUUAAGGGCAAAAAAGCCAAGAUUCAAGAAAACGAGAGGACAUGCCCUACGACCUGAUCCAAAACCACCUUGGAGUGGUAGAAAGUCUAGCUAAUGACUAUAAAUUAAGCGCUUCUUGUGAGGCAACCCAAGCAUAAAAUUUUUCUUUUCUUUAAUUUAUUUUUCUUUUAUAGUUCAGAUUUUCUUUUAAUUUUUUUUUUCUUUUUCUCUUUAUGGCCUAGGUUGACGCACAAUUGUGGAGAAAUUCACAUCUCACAAAAAGGUGAAUUUAUUUGAUUAGUUGAGUAUUUUAGCUUAUAAAUUGUUAUUCUUUGA